AUGCUGGACAACAGUGAGGCCGAGGCCGCCAGGGUGGCGGCAGAGCUCCAGGACAUGCGCAUGUAUCUCGAGGCUGAGGGCGACCUGGAAUCCAGCCUGUUCCUCAAAACACUCCAGGGCAUGCUUCACCACACUCUGCUCAAGGAUGCUGGAAAGCUGGAGGGCAUGUACCAGCAAGCACUCAACCGCAUCUGCAACCAGGCACGCCUCUCCCCGCAUGCCUUCAUACCACAUGCGCGGCACUCUGGUCAAAUUUUGGUGGCUGGGAGCGAGUGGAGGCUGACGGAGGAGGGCAAGAACGCGGAGCUGCCAGACGAGGAGCCCAGCUUCUCCACCUGGGAUGAUGUCAUGGGCAAGAAGGGGCGCGCCAGUUCUGGCUCCCAGGCAUCCACUAGCGCUCCAGUCAACUCUGGCGCAGGCGUCAGGGACACCACCUUCUACAGGCUAUUGGAGGUGGCAGAGAGUGCCUCAGCGGCAGAGAUCAAGGCGGCGUACCGUGCAAAGGCACUGAAGGUACAUCCGGACGUGAGUUCAGCGCCGGACGCGACGGAGAAAUUUGCAGAGCUGAGUCAUGCUUAUGAUGUGCUGUCAGACGCGACGGCGCGGUCCCUCUAUGACAGAUUUGGACCAGAAGGCAUGAAGCAGCAAGCAGGCGCCGACUCCGGCCGCGGCAAUGCUCGGGAGGCAUGGGAUGAGUUCAAGCCCUACAAGAAGGAGAACAAGAGGACCAAAGCGCGGGAUGCAGCUCGUGCCUCAGUUUCCAUGGACGACGCAGAUGCACAAGUGGCAGACGACGGGCUUCCACAGUUUGGAGACGUGGUUGAGUAUCCGCUGCGGGAAAUUGAGAUGCGGGAACUGCAGGACGGCCGCACAGCCGGGGUGGGCUUGGUGGUGGGGCGCAACAUGGACAGAGGAGAUGCGAAGAAGCUGCCGCCUGAUCAGUUGGACCUCUGUGAGAUAGAGCCUCUGCGCCAGGAGGAGACUGGCUCUGAGAGGUGGUUUCCGGACGACUUGGGCAUCCCAUCCUUUGCGCGGCUGGGGGAGCUCAGGAAACUGCCGGUGCUGGACUAUGACGGCCGGUAUGACAUAUGGGUCAUCAAUGCCCCCUUGUCUGAGGGGUGUGGGGGGCCAGAACUGCCAGAGGAGAUCAUGCUGUGA